AUGUCCGGCAUCUGCUCCUACUUGCAGUCGAUGUCGGAUCGGCCGCACAACGCGGACGAUUGGAAUCGGACUGUUUUCACGGCCGAGUCACAGAUCUCCGUCUCGCGGUUAAAUCGAAUUACCUACGGCUACAUCGCGCCGGUAAUCAUAACCAUCGGAGUGAUUGGGGAUAUUCUGACAGUGGCCACGCUUACUCAUCCAUUGCUACGGAGGUCCUCGACAAUCUACACAUAUCUCACACUACUCGCCAUGACUGAUUUGGUAGGUUCGAAGUUUGUUUAUCAGAUUUAUUCAUAAGAUUAUAUAGAACAAUGCACUUUUAUAAAUGCGUCAGUUUCGCGCACUUCUACGCCAAUAUUACUCAAUUUGAUUACCGUAUUUUUUCAGUUUACCCACGUCUCAGUGGUCCCGAUGUUAUUAUGGAUCCUCGACUUCCGGUUAUGCUCCAAAUCUUCCGCCUUUUACUAUGCACACAUCGGAUUUCCAUUGGUAAGAAAAUUAACGAAUAAAAUGAAAUUUUGAAUUGUUCUAUCUAAAGUAAAUUUUGAUAAUCUUUUCAGGCGAACGCAUUAAUGGGCGCGUCCGUGUGGAUCGUUGUGUUCCUGACCUUCAGCCAAUACAUGGCCGUCUGUCAGCCGUUUCGACAGGGAUUUUUGAGGACAAGAAAAAUGUCAUUCAUCCUCUUUGUUCUCGCAUAUAUCUUCAGCUUUUGCAUAUAUGCUCCGUGGGCGACCAAGAAAAGUGUUCAUGUUGUAAGUGGGAGGCAAUUUUGGAGAAUUUGGAUAUAAAAGAUGCUCAUUAAAACCAAGUUUCAUCAAUUUGAAAUUUUCAGGUGCCACCAGGCAUGCUUCAAUGUCCAUACGUGAUUUGCGACAGGAAGAUCGAGCCCUGGUUUCAGAUUUACGAAUGGAUUCGGGAGUUUCUCACACGGGUUUUUCCUUUUCUUCUGAUUGCCUACUUCAAUACGAUGAUACUGAUUACUUAUCGGAGCACAAAGAGAGAUCGGAUGAAACGGCUGGCAUCCUGCAAGACGAGGAAUAUCACCGAGAAAAGUGAAAGGGUAAGAUUUCAAUUUUUUAGUCAAAUUUUCUGAUAAUUUCUGUAAGGUCCGUCGUAAUGACCGAUUUUUUCGCCUAAAAAAAUUGAGAAAAUCAUUUCAUUUUGUUCGUAUUAGUAGUUUGACUUCCGUUUACAAUACUUUUUGAACAGAGAAACAGUUGACUUUUUUGGAGACAAGUCUUUCUCUGGCCAGGUCUUUUGCAAAAAAGCAGGGACACGCUGAAAAAAAGAGAUUUUUUAAUCCUAUUUGGGAGUGUGGAACAAUUUGAAAAAAUGGAAAAAUUUUAAUUUUUUUCUGUUACAGUAGAAUCGAAAUAACUGAAAAUGUUUUUUAGGAAGAACGAAGGUUGUUUGUCCUUCUUUUCGCCAUCAUUAUCGUCUUCUUUCUCUGCACCAUCCCAGCAGCGCCCCUAACGAUAUUCGUCGCGGAUUAUCGACUUCAGAAUCUCACUUUCCAGGUAACUAUUUUUCAGUUGACAUCAAAUCUUUGUUAAUACUAUAUCAAUACUGUAUUAAUACAUAUCUGUAACUUCCGUAUUUUACCAUUUUUUGUUUUUCAGAUAAUUAGAGCAAUAGUGAAUUUACUGGAGUUUACAAAGUUUGCCUUGAACUUUUACUUUUAUUGUCUGAUCAACCCAGAUAUCCGACGGAUAUGUUUGCACAUAAUUCAAUGCCAGGAGAUGGGGAAACCGGCCAGGGUGAAAGGACAGCCUGUGAAUCCGAUCAGUGUGUAUGCUAGGUGAGUUAAAACAGGCUUUUUCCUUAAAAAAAUAUUCAAAAAUGAUGACAUUUGGGGCAAAUUUAGAUCUGAAUUUUGACAUUUUUAGCCUGAGGUUUUUAAAAAUCAUUGUCAUUUUUAAGUAACCGCAAAAAUUUUUAUCGAAAGUUUUUGCUAUAUCUCUCUUUUUUAGAUCCAAAUCCACUCUUCGGGGAUUCAACGGCACUCCCUUUGGCGGUGGUACCCCCUACGAUUCGUCUCGCCGCUCCUCAGGCCGUUGUAUGCUGGACGAAAACCGAAAUGCCUCAUCGUUAUCAGUCCGGGGAGUCAAUCGCUCGGCUUCGAUGUUAUCCACCGGCAGUCAUCAACACUUUUACUGCGACACGCCUUCGGAAUACGAUCAGCUCACCGUGAUCCCGGAAUCGGAUUCCUUUUUCGAUUUGCCCGCGGAACGGGAGAGAGUGACAUCAUUGACUUCCAAUUAUGGAAAUAAUAACACGUCGACGGCGACGGUCAUCACGAACUGUCCGGAGGCGAAGGGUCUCACUCCGAAUGGCACUGCUGUGGUACCGCCGGCGCAGAGGCACAAUAAUUCCCCGAAUUACCUUUGUCCGCCGGUCGCGUAG